GUGCCGUUUUUUCAGGGAACAUCAAAAUACCCAUAGUUCUAGCCCUCAGGUCACUGAAAGGCUUGUACGAGUAUUCGAGUAACAUAUGACAGAAUGGCGGAAUGGGCUGAAAAUUCAGGCUUUUAGACAGCUGGUACCUGGUAAAUUAGGAGAUCGGCAAGCUUAUUAAAAAAAAUCUGUGAAAAGUUGCUUUGAAAUGAUGUCUCCGAACCUCAUCACAUGUGGAGACAAUGUGAAGAUCUGGGAUUCCAAUGGCUACUCUCUUCUUCACCAGUUCCAUCCAAAUAACACCAAAGACGAUGUGGUGACUGACGUCUCGUGGAGCCGAGAUGGAGGGAUGGUGGCCAGCGUUACCAGCAGGCAGGCACUUCUGGUGGUGACCGGAGUCACAGGCGAGGGCACCCAGGAGCUCACUGUCGUCAAAGAACUGGCGAAGCCGACGUGCUGCCGGUUCUGCACUUCCAACAGCCGCUACGUCUGCGUCGGCUCCCACUCGGGCAGCGUCGAGCUCUGGGACAACAAGAACGGCAAGCUCGUCAAACACUACCAAGGCCACAGUGCGCCAGUGACGCGGGUGUGCUUCAGCGCCUCGGACCGGCACGUGGCGUCGGGCUCUCGGUCCGGUCAGGUGCUGGUUCAUAACGUCACCAGCGGCUUCGUCACUGAGCUGCCCACCGCCAGAAACGAGCCGCAGUGCGUGCGGGACCUGCGGUACAGCGCCCUGUCCUCGGCCGUGGUGGGCGCCGCGUUCGACACCGGCCACGUCUCGCUGUGGGACGUGAACCAGCGCCGAUUGCUGCGCACCUUCACCGGCGGUCAUGUGGCGCCGGCCUCGGGUCUGGCGUUCUCGCCCGUCAACGACAUCCUGGUGGCCAGCGUGGGGCUCGACAAACGGCUCGUCUGCUAUGAUCCGAAGAGCAAGAGUAUAAUUCAGACGCUGACUGGCGACGCGCCCCUGACGGCGGUCGAUUUCCAUGGUGACGGUAUGCAGCUGGCCGUGGGCACCUCCCAGGGCCGGGCGUGUGUGUACGACCUGCGCGCGCCGCGCCGGCCCAGCCGCUCCUUCACUGCCCACCGCAGCUCCGUGCAGCGCGUCCAGUUCCAGCCACCCGCCAAGGGCCAGCACCGUUCGUCGAGCAGCUCGGUGGCGCGCGAGAGUCGCUCGGUGGGCAGCGCGCACGAGCACUCGUCCCGGUCGACGGCCGACGAGGUGGCCACGCCGGUGGCGCGCUCCUCGUCGACGUCGGUGACGGCGCGCGUGCACUCGACUCCCAACGAGGACGGUCGGACGCCGCCCGUGGCCGCCGGGGACACCAGCCAUGUCAGGUUCGGCCACGUCUCUGCCGAGCAGAGUUCGCUGUUCUCACCGAUCCGCGAGGAGCCCGGUCAGAAAGUCACCACUCCGCCUCAGACGGAUAGCACGCCCAACGGCACUGCUCACGGAGGCACCUUGGUUCACUACGGUGGUCGCGACUCCAGUGUGUUUUCCCCAAUGCGGGGCAACAUCAGCCUGUCCACGGGAGGAGCGGCCUCCUCGGGGACGGGGCCGGCUGAGUCGGUGGUCACCCCGCCGGACCGGCCGCCGGCCGCCGCCACCGACAACUCGCUGUUCUCCCCGCUGCGGCCGGACCGCUCUCUGGCCAGCGAGUCGGCCGCAGAGGUCGUCCCGCCACCGGCGCCGCUGCUCAACGGGCUCAGCGUCCGGGACGGGGAGAGUGGCGUGCAGCCGACCACCCCGGUCCUGUCCCCGCGGCUGAACGGCGUGGAGCGCAGCGGCCCGGCCCCCGCGGCCGCCACCCGAGUCACUGUGGCCGCUGAGGUGUGCCGCGGCGGCCGGCCCGGCCCGGACGGCGCCGCCCCCGCCCCCGCUCCCGCCCCGGCCCCGGGCGGCGGCGGGGCGGCUGGAGACGCGUCCAGCAGCUCGGACCGGCUGCUGGCUCUGCUGGACGGACCGGCGGACGGCGAGCAGCGGCGGGACGUACUGGCGGAGCUGGCGUUCGGUGGACCGGCGCCGGCCGCCGCGCCGCGCCACCAGGACGGCAAGGGACCAACACAGCCGCAGCAGCAGCAGCCCCAGACCCACACGGAGCCGGUGCCGCACUCCGUCGUCGAGAAACUAGAAGGUCUGCAUGAAAUGAUGGACGAUAUGUGGUGGGGCCUGAGGCGAGAGAAUUUCAACACACAGUGGACCUUCGGCAAACACAUGUAUGAGAUGAAGACGAGUCUGCAGGGCGUAGUGUCGACGAUCGAGACUCUCAAGUCGGAGGUGGAGCGACUCCGCGAGGAGAACCAGUACCUCGGCUGUAAGUUCUGAGCGGCUACGGGUCGCAUGCCGCGCGUCCGUGGGUACUGCGAGCAGCCGGAAAGACUAGGUCGGCGCAGAGGGGUGCUGAGGCGCCGUCAGAAGGUGAAACUCGUCCGGUCCGCGGCGCGCUGCGCUUUGCGCUCUAGUCCUGUUGCGGUAGAGGUGUAGGACCGAGCGGUGUCAGUUGUAGGGGUGUGGAGAGGGUGGGUGAGUGGUGGGUCCGCUUUAUUGGCGCCAAACACCAGAGGAGUAGCUCAGGUGAGGGGGGGGGGGACAAAUAACCAGUGAGAAUGAAGGAGUCGUCGACCACCGGUCACUGCCUUUUUUGGUCUCAUGUGUAUCCGCUUUCUAUCAAUUUGUGUAAGUUAAACAACUUUUCAUUCACUAAGUAAUUCUCAUCGGUCUAAAGCUAGCGCGUUUUUAACAGCCCACACUGCUCCUGCAAAUAACACCGAUGUUUAUAAUUAGCCCAGUAUGUUAGAGCGUCAAAUUUGCCGUGUGUUCUCGGGCGAUUCCUGAGGCUCGAAGGUGACCAGUGCUAUCUGGUGGAGCUCAAACAGUGGGGUUGGAACCGACGGAUAUCGAGCGCCGCUAACUGCUGCACGGGUCGGCGCUGCGCUACACUGCAGGGUGCGACUGCGCUUAGCGUAACAUUACAUAUACUAACUCAUGUCGAGCUAUUGAACCGGAGUGAAAUUAGCGGUAAUGCUAGGUCGAGGCGUUGUCAAAACGUUCCAGUGUGCGGAGUUGAUAGUGUGUGCCUGUGAUAAAAUCGAUUUCAUCGUGUAUUUUGCGCUGUGGAAAUCGAACCGCUAGUUUUUGAUCGUGUACUUUGUAACUGCGCUGUUGAAACUAGAUGGUAGGGUCUGGAAAGGAAUGUUCCUGAUCGUUAGAGCUCGGAAUUUGUUGUGAAUACAGCGUUACAUAA